AUGGUUAGGGCUGACGCAUCCGUCAACAUCAAGGUGCUUCUAAAUGCAACGGCAGCACACUUUGGCUUCAGGCCUACAUACCGGAGGGUGUGGAUGGCGAAGCAGAAGGCGGUCGCAAUCAUCUACGGGGACUGGGAUGAGUCGUACAAUGAGCUCCCUUGGUGGAUCUUAGGAGUUCAGUUGACUAUGCCUGGCACUGUAGCAGUCCUCAGGACCUGUCCUGUUCGAGUUGGUGGACAGGUGGACGAGUCUCAGGCUUAUUUUCAUAGGAUGUUCUGGACUUUUUCCCCUUGUAUCGAAGCAUUUUGUCAUUGCAAGCCGUUGGACGGGAAUUCCAACAUACUCCCUGUGGCAUUCACACUAGUUGAGGGUGAGAAUGCUGAGUCAUGGUCCUUCUUUCUCUCCCACCUCCGUCAGCACGUGACACCUCAUCCAGGUCUGUUAGUUAUUUCAGAUAGGCAUAACGGCAUCAAGGCAGCACUUGAGGCACCUGAUGGGGGAUGGCUACCUCCGUCUGCAUACCGGGCAUUCUGCAUUCGACACGUUGCAGCGAAUUUCGCCCUCACCUUCAAGGGCAAAGAUGCCCAGAGGCUUCUUGUGAACGCCGCAUAUGCGAAGACCGAGGUGGAGUUUGACUACUGGUUUGACAUCCUGCGCUCUGAGAAUCCGGCAAUGUGUGACUGGGCGAACCGAAUUGAGUACUCGUUGUGGACACAGUACUGUGAUGAGGGUCGGACAUUCGGGCACAUGACGACAAAUAUAUCAGAGUGUGUCAAUUCAAUCCUUAAGGGGGUAAGGAACCUCCCCGUGUGCUCGCUUGUGAAAGCCACAUACGGAAGGCUGGCUGAGCUAUUUGUCCGUAAGGGGAGGGAGGCCGAGGCUCAGAUGGGUACCGGACAACAAUUCAGUCAAUACCUAGUAAAGUGUAUCGAGGCCAACCUGAAGACAGCCAGGUGCUUCACCGUGACUGUUUAUGAUAGGGAUAACUCGGAGUACACCGUGGCAGAGACGACGCCAACAUGUUCAUUCUCACUUGGUACCUACAGGGUCUCACUGGGGUCUCAGACAUGUGAUUGUGGAUACUUCCAAGCACUUCAUUUCUCGUGUCCUCACGCAUUAGCAUGCUGUGCUUAUUCACGUCUUACUUGGCAGCCUUACGUCCACCAGGUCUAUCGCCUUAGUUCUGUUUUCGGUGUUUACCAGAUGGGAUUUACAGCUCCCAUUCCGGAGGGUUUCUGGCCACCCUAUGCCGGGCCUACCGUUAUACCGGAUCCGAACAUGAGGCGUGCGAAGGAGGGUCGUCCAAGGUCCAUACGCAUUCGCACCAACAUGGAUGAUGCAGAUCCGAACCGGCCAAAGAGAUGCGGCCUCUGCAGGCAGCCAGGACACAGUCGUCGGAGUUGUCCUCAAGCCGGACGACACACCGGAACAGUUGGGAAUGAGUAG